CUAAGGGUAGGAGAUGGGAUCAAAAAGAACAGAUUCGCGGAAGUAGUGUGUUGGAGAAGCGUCACCAAAAACCAAAGUAUCAUAAGUACAGAUAUAUAAAAAGGUAACCGCCAUAACAAGGCCUCAAAGGAUUUAUUGUACGUCCUUGAGGGUAAUAAUUCAAAGUAUGUUAAAGAACUGGGGGACUUGGCUUGGCAUAGAGAGCGAAAAUGGACAAGUUAAAGAAGAAAAAGAGUCUGCUGUUGACGCAAAGGAAGAAAACAAACCGACAAAUGUUUGUGAAGAAGAGCAAGUUCCACCGAAGGAUAUCCAGCUUUUGCAAAAAGCCAAAGGUUUCAGUGGUUACAUGUAUAAUUUUGCCAACACUGCCUCUAAAAAACUCUCAGAGUCUGUUGUUGUAACAGCGCAAACCCUAAAGAAAAGCGUGGAAGAGGGGAAACUGAAUGAAAUUAUUGAUAAGACUAUAUUGGGUGAUUUCCACAAAGAGCAAGAGAAGUUUGUUCAAGAGAAAAAGGAGAAAGAACUUGGUGCUGCUGUCCCACCAUGGGUUGGUUAUAAUGAAGAGGACACGAUACAAGAGCAGAUUUUAGCCCUCUCAGCUGACAAAAGGAAUUUUUUGCGAGACCCCCCUGCUGGAGUGGAUUUUCACUUCGACUUUGAGCAAAUGUAUCCAGUCGCCAUGGUGAUGCUGGAGGAAGACGAGCUACUCCGGAAGAUGCGCUUCCAUCUGGUGCCCAAACAAGUGAAGGAGGAGAUCUUCUGGAAGAAUUACUUCUACCGAGUGUCCUUGAUAAAACAGGCAGCUCAGCUUUCAGCCCUGGCAACGACGGCUGAAGCCUCUCAUCAGAAAGAUACGAUACAGCACCAGUCUUCUCCUGCUCUUAACAUAUCAUCAUCAUCAGUUGAGGAUAAGGAGCCGAUUUCUACCAGUCCACUCGUUGCGGAGUUCGUAAGUGACACUUUUGACUCGAGCGAGAUAAAUGAUGACGAUCUUCGCAAAGGAAUGGAUCAGCUGGUUUUGAACCAGAAGGACCCUCCAAACUUACAAAAGGAGGAGACUGCAGACUGGGAGAAAGAGUUACAGGAGGAGCUCCAGGAAUAUGAAGUCCUAAAUGACAAUGGGAACCAUGACGAUAACUGGGACAGAGAGAUUGAAGAGAUGCUGAAGGAGGAAAGUUAGAGUGAAAACAAAGAGUCAUCGCAGUGAUUUAUUGCAGAACUGGUUGCCUUAGGUUUGCAGCAUCAGAAAAAGUAAGCUCUGGAAACGGAUGGUGGUUUAAUACCGUUAGCUGUGAAAAGCUAUUGUAAGCUAGGGGUCGAACCAGUAGGAAUGCAGCACCAAAACCAGUGUUUGACAUAUGAGCAAAACAUUUGCUGCCUUUUCUUUCAGAAGUUACAUUAAUAUUUUUUUUUUAGGAUAAAUUGAGCUUUAUACUGGAUUCCUUAAGGAUUCCUUAAGUGCCUUUGAGACAUCUUGGAGCUCUGGAGGACUUCAUGUGACUUGUGAUACAUAUAUUUUUUCCCCCAUAAAGUUUAGUCUGACUGCCUGAACCGACUUUUUUUCUUUUUUCAAAUAUACAAAUGUGAAAGUUCAUUUAAAUAACUUUUUAAUAAAUGCAUUCAAGAAUUACUUGAUAGAAUGUAGGUCAAUAUAGCAAUGGGUUGUGUGGAUAAUCUGUGGAAGAAUCUUUGGGGGCUUUUUUGUGUUUAAACACAAUGUCUUCUUUCUUGAUGUUGCUUAGAUAUAUUCAAAGCAGACAUGCUAUCCCUAACAACCUUACCUCCAGUUUCUUCCUGACAGAACUCUCUUAGAAAGUUUUAGUACCCACUUUGUUUUUAUUCUAAUGUAAAUCCUAUCAUCAUCUUUUAUUUAAAAUAAAA